AUGUAUGUGUACUUCAGCAAACGUGUUGCGGUGCCGGCAAGCACCGUUGUGACUUCUAUCGCGUGGAAUGAGGAGCAGGGCUGGCUGGCGUGCGGCGGCAAGGGCGGGCUGCUGAAGGUGCUGAAGAUUGACAACAGCGCGGGGGCUAAGGGGGCUCUUUCGAUGAAUCAAACGCUCGAGGGGCACUCGGCGGACGUGCGGAUUGUGGCGUGGAACCACCGGUACCGCAAGCUCACCUCCAGCGAUGAGGGCGGGCAGAUCAUCGUGUGGACGCUGCACAAGGGCAUGUGGAUGGAGGAGAUGAUCAACAACCGCAGAAAAAGCACCGUGUCGGACAUUUCCUGGAAUACGGAAGGCACGAAGGUCUGCAUCAUCUACGCGGACGGCGCCGUCAUCGUCGGCGGCGCGGACGGCGCCCGGAUUUGGGGACGCGAGAUCAAACAUGAACUCGUGAAGGUCGCGUGGAGCCCAGACGACCGCUACAUCCUCUUUGGCACCAAAACCGGAGAGAUCCUUGUGAACGACAGCGACGGUGGCCACGCGGUGUGCCGACUGCGGGUUUCCUGCGUCGAGGGUGAAGCGGCGCUCACCGGCUUGUCCUGGCACCCCGCGUGGGCGGAGAGCCCGGAGCCGCUCGCCACGCUUGCCGUCUGCUACGCGAACGGCAAGAUGCAGCUGAUGCACGACGUCAGCGACAACCGCCCCUACAUCAUCGACAACGGCAUCCCUGUCAGCAGCAUCGCCUGGAACCCGCAGGGGACGAUCUUCGUCGUCUGCGGCGUGACCUCGACGGCGGCCAUGUUGGGUGAGGCGGCGGCGACCUCCUCGCCGUCCGCGCAUACGCCCUCGAUGGUGGUGGCGCAAUUCUUCAACACGGACGGGAUUCACCUGCGCACGCUGCGCGUUUCUGGGCAGCACUGCGGCGGGGUCACGUGGGAGGGCGACGGCCUUCGCGUCUGUGUUGCGAUUGACGCCGCGCUGUACUUUGCGAACGUGCGACCCGCGUACAACUACACAUACUUCGCCAAGACCGUGGUGUUCGCCUUCCACCGGCCCGACCGUGUAGAGCAGGGGGUCAUGUUUUGGAACACGCGCAGCAACGAGCGCGUCAUCCGCUACUUCCGUGGGCUCUUUUACAUUGACUCCUGCAAGGACGCCUGCGUGAUCGUCAACUCCUCUGGCGACGGGCGCCACCGCGUCGUACAACUCCUGAACGCCAUCGGCAGCCCUUUGGAGACCCGCAUGCUUGAAAUGGAACCGCUUGUCUGCGGCAUGAACUCUGCGCACAUAGUGCUUGCCGACGAGGAGAACAUUUACGUCUGGCAGUUCCGCGACCCAGGCGUCGCUCUGGACUUGCUUGACCCCAUCUCUGUUCAGGCGAGCCGCCACGACACGCGCGAGCGUGUGGUACAUGUGGAUGACAUUGUUCGCCCUGACACCCCGCCCUCGCUGAUUGGCCACACGGCCGUCACGAAUGAUCUUGUCUGCUCGCUCUGCCUCAGCGAGGACUUGCUUUUCGUCGCCCGUGAGUCGGGGCUGCUGCAGCUGUACAGCUUUGCCCCACUGCAGCUUGUGGGCAAAAUGACUUUGCCCUUCCGCGUGCAGUCCAUGGCGGCCAACUCGAAUUCCACCCGACUCUCAGUGUGUGAUGUGAGUGGCACCAUGACGCUUCUCCACAUAGAUCCCGCGAAGCUCUCGCUGGUGCCUAAAAAAAUCUCCCCGCAGCCAAACUUUGAGCGCAAGGAUGUGUGGAACAUGCGCUGGUCGAAGGACGACCCGGAGCUUCUUGUUGUGAUGGAGAAGUCCCGCAUGUACAUAUUUCGCGGCACGGAGGCGGAGGAGCCCGUCCAGUCCUGCGCCUACGUCUGCAAGUUCAAGUCCUUCAAGGUGCGUGUGCUGCAGCUGGACGAGAUCAUGCAAGACCCGGAGAGGCCCCGCAAGGAGCACGUCGUCGACUUUGAGACGCGCGAGUUGCGGGAGGCGCGGGAGGCGCUGGAAACGAUGUCGAUAAAGGAGGCCUACAUGUACGUGGAGGGCCACCCACACCCGAAGCUGUGGGCACUGCUCGCCGAACACGCCUUGGCACAGCUGGACUUUGACCACGCGGAGAUGGCGGUCGUCCGGUGCGGGGACUACCCGGCCAUCCAGUUCGUGAAGCGCGUGAAAAAGCUCGAUGACCCGCAGAAGCAGCGGGCGGAGAUCCACACCUACUACGGCCGCUUCGACGAGGCGGAGAGAAUCUACAAGGAGAUUGACCGCAAGGACCUCGUGCUUGACCUCCGCUACCGCCUGGGGGACUGGUUCCGUGUUGUGCAGCUUGUCCAGGAGGGCGGCGGGGAUGAGUCGCACAUGCGGCAGGCGUGGGAAAACAUUGGCGACUACUACGCCGACCGACAGAAGUGGACGAAGGCCUCUCAGUACUACACACAGUGUCGACAGCUGCACAAACUCGCCCACAUUCUCUUCCUGCUGGAGGACUACGACCUCCUCGCCCAACUUAUCCCAAGCGCGGAGCACGACAAGGGGCUGCUUCUCAAGAUUGGCGAGAUGCUGCUUGCCGUCGGCCUCGGGGAGGAGGCAUCGCGUGCCUUCCUCGCCGCAGGCGAGGCGCGGUUGGCGGUUGCCGGGUGUGUGCAGCUGCACCAGUGGGAUAGCGCCGUGGCGAUUGCGGAGGCGCACAAGCUCAAGGAUAUUUUGCCGCAGCUUGCGCGUCACACGAAGAGCCUUGUUGAGAGUGAGCGGCUUCCAGAGGCGAUUGAGUUGUACCGCAAGGCGGGCCGCCACGACGAGGCAGCGCGACUGCUGGCGCGCCUCGGGCAACGGGCCGCCGCCACAGACCCGCUACGGGCCAAAAAGUUUUAUGUGCUCUCUGCACUAGAGAUAGAGAAGCACCGCAGGAAGAAAGUGACGCUGAGCAGCGACGGCACGGCUGCCGUGGAUGCGCUGCUGAGUGAGGAGCGAGCAGCGACGUCAGAGCGGGUGUUGGACGCGGCGUGGCGCGGCGCCGAGGCGUUUCACUUCUUCCUGCUCUGCCAGCAGCACAUCCUGCACCGCAACCUGCCCUACGCCCUGAAUGUGGCAAUGCGGCUGAUGGAGUACGACGACCUCAUCAGUCCGGUGGACAGCUACAGCCUCAUUGCUCUCACGGCGUACCUGGCAAAGAACUUCAGCAUAUGUAGUAAAGCGUUUACGCGCCUGGAGGCGGCGGAGCAGAUGGAUGCGCAGAAGCAAAAUGAGCAGGAUGGGGGUGGCCCCGCGCUGGCCGGCCAGCUGCAGCUGAUUGACAUGACGAUGGACCUGGAUGUCUCCAGCAAGAGCUUCGCAGCCCAGCGGAGCAGCGCCAACGUCGCCGGACAGGCGGCCGCAGCCUCCACAGGGAUGAGUGGCACGACGACGUCGAUGCAGCUGACCAACCCCGCGAAGGGAGUGGUGCUCGCGACGCAGUUUACCUAUCCGACUGUGAGUCUGAAGGAGCCACGCCGUCGCUUUGCCGACCUGGCGGUGAAAAUAUUUACGAAGUAUAAGCCGGAGGACAACUCGGCGGAUCGUGUGAAGUGCCCCAAGUGUGACGCCUUCAACAAGGAGUGGGCCUCCACGUGUGCACGCUGCCAGCAUCCGUUUGGGAUUUGCAUCUUCACCGGCCGCUGCAUCACAACAGAGGACUUCUGGCAGUGUGGGGUGUGCCGCCACCGCAUCAUUGACGUGGAGGGUGACCGGUUCCGCAACUGCCCUCUGUGCCACACAUCGAUGAAGCGUCGGGCCCGUGACUAG